UUUAAAAAACAAUGCCGAAAAGUACCGAAAGCUCCCGUUUGUUAGUAAAAUCCCAUUUUCUUAUUCGCUUCUUCUUCUUCUUCUUCUUCGUCAUCAACUAUUCUGCAGUUGCAAGUAGUGAUGUAGAGAGAGAAACCUCGACCGAAUCGAAAACCUUAACGGUGGUCCCAAUCGGUGUAGUUCUUGACCAGAACUCGCCUUUAGGUUUAACGGUGGAUUUAUGCAUGAAAAUGGCGGUCUCGGAUUUUUACGAAGCGCAUCCGAAUUUUACUACAAGGUUGCAGCUUCACACCAAGAAUGCAGACACUGUUCUUGAUGCUAAUUUUGCAGCUGUUGAUUUACUGAAGCAAGAGCAAGUGCAUGGAAUCAUAAGGCCACAAACAUCAACCGAAGAAACAUUCUUCGCAGAACUCGGACAAAAAUCACACGUGCCGAUUAUCUCCUUCAAUGCAAGAACUUCGUCUCUUCCCUCCACCUAUUCCGUCAGGACAACACCAGACGACUCGGUUCAAGCGCGGGCCCUCGCAGCCAUUUGUCGGGCUUUCGAAUGGCCCGAAAUCGCCGUUCUUUACGAAGAAACAAAUUCCGGAAAUCAAUUUAUCUCCCAUCUGAAUAAAGCAUUCCAGGAAGUCGACAUCGGGCUAGCCUACAUGGUCCCGAUUCAAACUUCAGCCGAGGAUAGCGACAUCUCGAAAGAACUGAACAAGUUGUCGACAAAGCAGACGAGGGUUUUCCUCGUACACACGAACCCUUCCCUCGGUUUUCGGUUAUUCACUCUCGCUAAAAAUGCGGAGGUUAUGAGCGAAGAGUAUGCGUGGAUCGUCACUAAUAGUUUGUCCAUUUUCUUGAACUCGAUCGAUUCCACAGUACGCGAUUCGAUGGAAGGAGUUGUUGGCGUUAGGCCUUACGUGUCGAACUCGAAAGCCCUCGAAAGUUUCAAAGAGCGAUUGAGACGAAAUAUGACAAUGAGCAACACUACUACGACAAGUCCGAUUACCGAACUAAAUGUUUACGGUUUGUGGGCUUACGAUGCAGUAACUGCAUUAGCAAUCGCAUUGGAAAAGAUCGCACCUUUAAAUUCCACCUCACUCGGCCCCCGUCUCCUCAACGAACUGUUGACCACAAAAUUCCGAGGGUUGACCGGAGAUUUCGAAUUAUUUAACGGGAAAAUGAAGCCGUUAGCAUUCGAGAUAUUCAACAUGAUAGGUACCGGAGAGAAAACCGUCGGAUUUUGGACACCGGAGAGAGGAAUAACAAGAGAUUUGAGUUCCACCGGUGAAAAAACGUACGCCACGUCAGCGAAAGAGCUCAAAACUAUAACAUGGCCCGGAGAUUCCGUCACACGGCCAAAUGGUUGGGCUAUUCCGACAACCGGCAACCUCAGAGUCGGAGUUCCUUGGAAACACGGAUUCACAGAAUUCGCUAACGUGAUUAUCGACAAGAAAAUGAGGCGUACGAAUGCAACGGGAUUUUCUGUAGAUAUAUUCUUGGCUGCAUUGGAAGUGCUUCCUUUUCCCGCCAAGUAUCAAUUUAUUCAUUACGACGACAUCCGUAAUUCCGAUUGGAGCUACGACGACAUGCUACGUGGGAUUCCCGAGGACUAUGAUAUGGUAGUGGGAGACAUAACGGUUUGGGCUCCGAGAGCUGCGCAUGUUGACUUUUCGCUCCCGUAUUCUGAAUCAGGAGUCAUUCUAGUCGUCAAAAACAAGAAGCCGCUCGACAUGUGGAUAUUUGUGAAGCCGUUGAGGUGGGAUCUGUGGUUAGCGAUAGUUGUCGCCUGCGUUUUGAUGGGGGUAGUUCUUCGUAUAUUGGAAAACCGAGUCACUAGCAACGACGCGGAUUCGAUAAUCGAAAACAAGGAGAGGCGUCGAGCGAUUUAUUGGUCCCCCGUUACCAUUCUUGCUUUCCCCGAAAGGAAUAUGGUGUCGAACAACUGGUCGUUUUUCGUGCUGGUGCUUUGGCUUUUCAUGGCGUUUAUACUAAUGCAGAGUUACACGGCUAAUUUGUCGGCGAUUUUGACGGUUGAUCAGUUGAAGUUUGCGUUUUCGGACAGUUAUUACAUCGGUUGCCACGAGGGUUCUUUCAUGAAAGAUUUUUUGAUAAAUCAAUUGCAUAUUAGUCCGUCGAGGCUGAGGAGCUACAAUUCGUCGGACGAAUACCAUACAGCUAUGUCGAAGGGAAGCAAAAACGGUGGCAUAGAUGCUAUAUUCGACGAGAUACCUUACAUGAAACUCUUUCUCAACAAAUACGACCCCCAGUACAGAAUGGUCGGGCCCACGUACAGGACCGGUGGCUUUGGCUUCGCAUUUCCGGUGGGGUCCCUUUAGUUGCUCAUUUCUCGAAGGCGAUAUUGGACGUGACACAAGGUCCGAAUAUGACAGCUAUUGAACAAAAGAAUUUCGGGCCGGGAUAUUCCUCUCAAGAUCCUCUUUCCUCGAGAAUCUCACAACAGAGAUCGAGUCUCACGUUUUACGAUUUUGCCGGCCUUUUCCUUAUCAUAGGAUCGGUGACUCUAUUCUCUCUGUUUUGCUCCGAGACGGCAAUUGGUCGGAAAUUGACCGACAAGACCGCGAACUUUAUCCACAUUCUAUUCCAUUUCAAGAGUUCGAGAGUUAUGUCGAUGGAGGUUGACGGAGAUACUGACGAACCGGUGGCGAAUGACGAUGAUGUCAGCGAUGUUUCUGUUCGGGACGGCACGGAUACAUCGACACGUGUUAUUGAAGCGGGAUCCGAAAAUGGCGAGAUUAUCGAUAACAUAACCGAAGAUAAUCAACAAUAGUUUUUACUACCGAGACCGAUGGUGCAUGUAUGUAUAUGUGUGUGUAUAUAUAGUUUAUUUAUUUGUUCUAUUGUUAUUGAUUGAGCUGCAGUAAUAAGCUCAUAAUUGUGCAGUUAGUCUAUAUAAGCUCAUAAAGUUUUUAUUUUCUUA